GAGUUGUGCUGGUCUUCGGGGCCUCCGUGGAGCGAAUUACAGCAGCAGGGUGCUGGCACAGCCUCGUCCCGCGCCCGCACACCCGACCUCGAGCCGACCCAUCACAGUGUGGCUGGGGCCCCUCCCCCUGUCCAAGCACCCCCGAACCGCGAUUGAUAGUUCUCGUUUUCUCAACCCUCCAGAAACUUGAUUUCCUCAAUUCUGCAAAGAGCGCUCUGCGAGCUCUCGAUUCAUGCACAAGCUGCAGCAGCGCGCCGCAGCAGCUCUGGCUGCGAGGCCGCUCGCUCGGUCCAUGAUUGUCCCAAGAUCGAGCCCGCUAUCCCCGGGCGCCAUCGCUGGGGCUGUGGUCGGAUCGGUCGUCGGCGCCCUCCUCAUCGCAUUUUGUGUCUUCCCCUUCGUCAUCCGCGCAAGACGCCGACGACUUGCCCGCCAUGCCGAUCCCGGCUUGGCCGAGAUGGGGCAGGGUCCCGGAGGCCCCAUCUUCAAUCCCCAAGAUGUAGAUGACAACUCCUACAAAAGGUACUCGGGAUCCGGCCCCGAGACAGCCACCGCCCAUGACGCCCCGCAACCCACGGACCCAGAUCACAAACCUCAGCCGACCCUCCCCCAAGGCGUCAACGUCGAGCACGGCCUGCCCUCACCCGUCUCGUCGCCCACCUCGCCCACUGACCCGUCUACCCACGCCGACGGCCAGCCUGUCUCACCUCUGACGGCUGCCGCUCCCACUCAAUCGCCCGCCGAGCCCUCGUCUAAAGGAUCCAAGGCCACCGCCGACCGUGAGAGCACUCGCGAGUUCAGUGUUAGUGACUCGUAUGGUCCACCAAGCCGCGAGCUCACUAGCAUCACCACUGCUGGCAUCACAGAAGAGCCCGAGUCCUUCGACCGCCCUUCUGGUUCCUCCGACCACAGUCACUUUCCUCACUUCAGAGAGUCUCUCCGUGGACUAAUCCACGGCCGCCGCCGCUCUUCCCACCAGCGCCGGGACAGCAAGCGGUCUACUCAAGCUGGCACCGACGGAGCACGUUCGCCAUCCGUCAUCACCAGCGACCUUCUCCCGCAGCCCGAGCCCGAGCAAACAAUAUCCGGGUUUGAGAUCGAUAUUGAGACCCCGGGCUUAGCUUGGGACUACUACCACGACCCGAACUUGGGCAUUGAACUGUCCGACACCUACCCGCAAUCAACGCCGGCCGCAGCCCCUACCAGCGUUGCCCCGCCUGCGCCUGUGCCAACUUCUGCUCCGGCUGGUUCCGUCUUUCCAAAUAACCAGGCUCCUAUCUCGCCCGAGAGCGAUUCGACAGUCUCGCCUGGUACCUUCAGCAGGCAAAACACUUUCCUCCAGGGCAAGAGGUUUCCCGGACCGCUACAGCGCACCGACAGCUUACCCCCUCCGGCCAUCGUGGCCGACCUUCCCAGUCCCCCACUCCAAUAUUCCUUUGCCGGCCCCAGCGGUAAUCCGAUGGAGAUGAUGAAGCCAACCAACCCUACCGAAAGUGCAUGGAUGCUAGAGCACGAGAUGCGCAUGAUUCAGAACUCGCCGCCGCCGCCAGCACCCGAACCCGUCCCCUACAUCUCAAUGCCAGUGGAGGAGAUGGCCGGCCAGAUGUUCGACAACGACCUCAAAGCCCAGUACCAAGCGCAGUACCAGGUUGCUUAUCAAUCGCCGUACCAGUCGCCCCCACCCGCCAUCUCGGAAAAUGGGUUCGAGAUUCAGGAGGAGUCAAUGGGUUACUACAACACUAACACCUUGACGACUUCCGAUUACUCGACGCCACCGCCCUCCACCGGGCCGUCGACCGAGAACACGCCAGACACGAGGUUAACGCCUUACACAGCCUCUCCCUCCCCGCCGGCCGAGAUUGAGACUUCUAUCAAUGGCCACCUGAUGCCGUCACCUGGGCUUUCGGCCGGCCUGUCGCCGACGCCAGGUCUCUCACCGUCGCCGGGCCCGUCUCCGGGUCUGUCGCCCAUACCAUCUCCGGGUAAUUCUGCGGGGACGUCUCCAGGCCGCUCACCAGGCAGGUCCCCGGGGCGGUCCCCGGGUAGGUCUCCCGCCGGCCCCCCUUACGUCUGCGCUUGUGGCGUUGUCAAAAACUCACUCCAUCAAUUCAAUCACCACCGACGCUAUCAUGAACGGCCGUGCACAUGCGAGCACGAAGGGUGUGGGCGAAGCUUCGGCACGAUAACGCAUCUGAAACGGCACAUCAACGACAAGCACACCAAAACCCGCAAGUUCUAUUGCACCCAGCCCGGAUGCGAUUACUCGAGGCAGGGCACGAAAUCCUUCCCCAGGAAGGAUAACUGGAAGAGGCACAUGUUGAAAAAGCACUCGAUCGAUCCGCAGAAUAUGACCGACGAAGAUGACCUGGGCGAUAUCGGGAUGGAUUAGCCUUGGAUGGUCAACAACGGCCGUGUGUUGGCA